GGCGAUAGCGCUACCGGAGACGAUCAGCCAGCUCAGUCCUCGUCCUUUGUCUUUUAUCAUGGAGGCAGUCAUGAUCAGCAUCGGAAGAGAAGACAUCAGCUCGUCCAGAGCCUCCAUUCCCGUUCACCUUCUGAUGUUAAGGGAAAUAGAGGGACGCAAGAUUAUAAUACUAAGGUUGAGGAGGAGGAGCAGGCCGUCAAGGAUUUUUUUGAAGAGAGUCAAGGGGCUUUGGUGUUGUACCGUGGUAUUUUGCGCGCGAUCGCUGAAGAGUGGACCUCGCUUUUUCAGGGUGUUAACAUUGGAAACGACUCCGAGAAGAGAGUAAGGAUCGCUGUGGUGUUUCAUUUUAAGGCCCCCACUAGUGCAUCUUUGCCUGCAUCCUUGAAAAGUAUGAAAGGGUAUUUCACUGCGAUACCCUUCAAGGAUGCAGUUGAGAGAUGCAUUAUUAAUAGCCCUAAUCAUCGGGUCCCCAGUCAUAAGGGCUUCCUCCCGAAUGAGCUCGUCGACUCUGCGGCCGCACGCCUAAGAGCCUACUCUUUUAAGGCUUACAAGGACUUUACUUGUGGGAAACUUCUAGCACGUAGCACACUACGUCGCAUCCCCUUCAGCCUAGAGCUAGAGGGGAUAUACCCGGUGUCAAUCAUCAGCAGCGUGCGGAUUUUGUGUAUUGAUUCCAUUCAUCUUGUUGUGAGUAUGUCCACAACUCAACUGCUAGUGCGACUACCUUAAUAUUUUAAUUAUCGAAACAAGUAAGUAAUUAAACAACUUAGUUAGAAUAAUAUGUAAGGUCUCAUCUUCUUGUUGGGGACGAAGAUGAACAAGAAUGAGAAGUAGAUCUAAUUUCUCAGCCGAUUUAGGCAAACGCUUGCGCGACAUUUCAUCGGGUGGGCCGCAGGUGGAGGCGCUCACUGAGAAAGAGCAACAGUUGAAAGAGAAGAUCCAGGAUACUGGAGCAUGUCUGGAUUUGGAUUUUCACGCACUGCUUCACCAGGAGGAAGAACAGAAACGCACAGCUGCAGCUUCAGGAGCGACUAUAGAUUUAAGACUUUGCGCACCUCUAACUAGAGAUACAACUACCUUGUUCUCGGCCUAGUAAAAAAUUAGUGAGCCGUUUUCAACAUGAUCGGCAUCAGAUAAAUUACUUAAAUAGCCGUUUUCAACAUGAUCAGAAGCAUCUUGAAGAGGUCCCGCAAAGAGGAACAGAAAGAAGCAUCAACGCGCCUGGCUGAAGAAAUGUUAAUGUUUUUUAUUAAGGUUGAUGAGCUCCAAGUCUAACAACCGCACUUGAAAACGCCAAGCAGACUGCGAGAGACAAGCUUGCGUCGUCUGCGUUCCCGAUGGCGAAAGAAGUAUGGGAUUGGAGGAAUGGUAUGGCAAGCUUGCAAUUUUUCUAUGGCAUUGUGCGGCAUUGCAGUGGAGAGGAUUUUACUGCAAACGCUGUCGGUCGAAUGCUCUUCAGACAACUCCAGCAGCAGCAGCAUCAGAAAGCUUUAAAGUUUGUAGCGGAAAGACGCUCAGUGGAUGGUGGAGCAGAAGCAGCAGCUGAGGGAGCUUUACCAAAAGAUAGUUCAGUAAGAGCAGCAGAGGCAGCAUCGUCUGACGCUAUUAAGGAAGGUUCAGGAGAUGAAAGUAGCUCUAGUUCAGGAGUGGAAACGCCAGGAGCAUAUGAGGUUACAUUUACUGGCGAUAUUGUUAUAGAAGGAAAAGCUGUUGAUGCUCCACGUUUUCUUGAAGAUUCUAGCGCGAGAUCUCGAGAGGACCUAGAACAAAGACGAGCAGACGCUGUGGCGGAACUGGAGAGGCUUUUGGACAAGUUUCGGCAUUUGGAUAUCAUGUCCGUGAAUGUCCGAGAAGAGGAGCGUCCCAGCACUCUAUCUGAGACAAAGCUGGAGUAUAUCAUAGUGCCAGGUGAAAUCCCAGAUGUCCCAGAUGAUAAAAUUGCGCAGCAUGGGACGACUCUGCAGUGGCAGAGAGAUUUUAUUGAGAAGACGUUGCUCCGACCACUUCUUGACAAACUAAAGACCACCUACAAGAACGUGAAGAAGGAUACCCUACUAGAGUCCCCAACUCUUGCAGAAGUAGAGGCGCAAAUAGAGACGCUCACUGCUUUUCGGAAGGAUGUCGAAAGUUUGAUAGUGAUACUGCAGAACUUUCGGAAGAUCUCGAAGCGUGGUCUGACACAUGCGGACGUGCGUGAGUAUGCCGAAAUUGUACAUCGUGCAUAUUCUUAAGGCGAGAAACAAACGCAGACGAGGACUUACUUCCUUGCAAAAAUAUAUUGUAUCUAUAAUCAUAUUGACGAGGCUCUUUUUAGAGAAAUAUUAAGUCUUUGGCCUUCCUCGGUUCAACAGCAAAGGCAUUAUAAUGAGGCCCGCAAGCCGUGAACGGCUUCAGUUCAACAUGUUUAAAGAAGUGCGUGGAGCGAUAUCUUCAAGCUCAAAAAAAUAACCUAUUAAUUUGCUAUUGCUCAUCUAUCUUCCCUUCAGUAGCAGCAUGCUUUUUCCGAUGUUGUUUGAUUAUGUUCAGAACAAGCUGCAUGUGCAUGUUGAUCACAAUCUAGCAGGACUUUCUGGACGCUCUGCUUCAUCUGCGAGAGCACGAGUAGGAAUAUGUUUAGACUUCGAAAAAAAGCUCUCGCACUAAUAAAUAGAUAAGUCUGUUGUUGGAGCUGGUGCAGGGGCUCGAACACUGGCUCUACAAGUACUUCUAACUUUCACGCGUGCAAGAACUAGAAGGCGAGCAAGAUAAAAAAGAUGAAGCUUCCGGUGCACUAAAUCAACGACAGCGUUGGCCGAUAAACAAGGUUCUUGCGCGGGUGUGUACCUUUGCCGAGGGCAUCCUUUUGGUCGCAGCGCAAAUAUUUCCCACCGAAGAAGCUGAUACAGAACUCCGCUCCAACAUGGCCGCAAGACUCGCCCGAGGCUCUUUUGACCAGAAUAAGCUAAGCUGGUUGGUCAAGGAGAAACGGGUCGAUGUGAUGGAUAAAGAGUGUAGUGGAGUGGAAGCGCGCCUCUUUCGUGCAAUAAGGGAUGUAUUAAAGUGGGUUCAGAGAGAUGUCAUCUUUGACGAUUUAUUGCGGCACCGGAGCAUCGACCGUCUUUAUGAAGACAUAGGAGAGGAACAAGUUCUCGCAGAUCCGAAAGACCCUGCCCGGACGAUCAUGGGGGGUAAGUGGGUGGAUGACGAUAAGGACGGCGCUGCGAAACAUUUUCGGGAAAUGCUGGCGAUAAUUGGCAGCAGCGAUUUUGAUUUGGUCGUCGAUUUUGCGGAGCGAUUUCUUGCAGCCGGCGCGGGCACGGUGGAAACCCCACUGCCACUGCCACCGCCACAUGUUGAUCGCAUGUUGAAGCAACUGCAAAAUAAUAUCUCCGCAAAAAUUGACGAGAAGGAGCGCGAAGCCUAAGGCUCGCUACAAUUCAUUUCCACAGUCAGGCCAUUUUUUAUCGUUUCCUCCUUGAAGAUGAAAUUAUAUCUAAUUGAUUCUGAAAGAAUGGGCUGAAGAAAUGAGUUGUAUGUUUUCGCUCCAAGAAUGGCUCAUGACGCGGGUUGUCGAACGGUACGAGAAUAGUCGAUACGCAUUGGAGCUAGCGUUAAAAUCAAUCGAGGAUGGGCCUGCAACUGUGCAAGAGCGGCCAGAGCCAAGCUACAAAGUUUUCCUGAAGAUGUUGAGCUCGAGCCGUGUCAAGAUCGAACGGCUGAAAACAGAGAGAGGCCGAAGGCAGGAGGAGAUCGAUGGGUUUCUUACUUCACUCCAGACGCCAGACGACCACUUCACCUUCAGACCACUCCUGACUACUCUCCUAAUGUACCGCAUUGUGGAUUUGCAUACUUUGUCCAGUUUCUGGAUGGAGACAAGGGUGCUGGAUGAUCUUGCUCAUCAGCUCGAGGAGGACAGCGGAGCAGCCUCUUCAGGACAAGCUUCAAGCGUUGCAAGCAUGCAGAAAAAAGAUCAAGAGCAAGCAAAAGAUGUUGAAACGCCACCACGCAUUUUUUCUGGUGAUCCCCUUGAAGAUGCGGCGCAUGCCGCCGACCUGGUAGCUCUGGCAGAAGUAGAGAAGCUUGUGGGAGAGUUCGAGAGCAAUCUGCCUGAGGAGAAGGCGCGUGAAGACGGCUCUCCCAGUGAGAAAAGUCGAGCACCUGAGGGCGCCGUCGAUGGUACCGUGGAGUAUAUCAUAUUUCCGGGUGAGAUUCCUGAUGUCCCAGAGCAGAAGCUCGAGGAUCAUCUGCACAAUUUGAAAACCGAGAGAGUUUACAUUGCAAAGGAGUUGUUCCGGCCAGUUCUUGAGCAGGUUCGUCAGAAUAUCCUUCACAUGACACCAGAGAAGGUGGGGACCCGCAAACAAGCACAUCAGAGGGACCCGCACCUUGCUCGUCUUCGGGAUGAUGUAGAAAUGGCCCACAAGCAAUCUCAGAAGUUUCGGGAUAUUUCGAAGCGCGGCUUGGCGUACCAUGACGUGCGACAAUUUGCAGGCCUCCUGCUUGAUGUUUUCUAUGGCCUCCUGCUUGUAUUCUUGUUCUAGAUCUAGGCGAUCCAUCCUAAUGAUCACCGGCUGUAUCCUGGACAUUGUACUGCUGACGUAAUUUAUAGUAGAUCAUGAUAUUAAGCACAGUCGGGCUCCUCCUCCUCCACCUCGCCCACCGUGGCCACGUCCUCGAGGAUUGUUCGCAGUCUCCUGCACAGUAGUAGAAGUUUUGUGCGAGAAUCUUUAUUCUUAAUAUCGUACUAUUGCACCGCCGUGCUGUAUUUAUUCUUCAUGUACCAUACCCGGUGAGCAGUAAGUUUUUUCCUCGUGCGUCUUAGGCUAGUCCCUACCCUUCAGCAAAAAGUACUACUUUACUAUCGUGCUGCACGACAACAAUGGUGCGAGCGAGCUCUUCUAAUUCUCAAUGAUACGAGAGAAAUCGCUGGGCGGGGGCCUCCGAGAUGGAAUCUCGCUGCAGGAGAGUCUUGCCACCGUGCGUGACCUCUUGGAAGGAAUCCUUUUGAUCGAGGCGCAGACAUUUUCUGCCGGAGAAGUAGUUGAAAAACUAGAACCCAGCGCAAGAACUGAGGAUAGAGUCAGAUCCUGGUGGGUCAAGAACAAAGCAACCGCCUUGAAUAGAGACUAUGGAGUGGAGGCGCGCCUCUUUCGUGGAAUUAAGGAGGUCCUGGGGGACAUUCAGAGGGAUAUGAUUUUCCAUGAUUUGGACCGGUAUAGCAUCGACCGUCUUGCGGACGAAUGCAUAAAAACUAUUGUUCUUAUUACGCAUUGUUCGGUAUAAUUUCUGUUACCACGCCGUUAUUUUUGCCUCUCUGUCUCUAUCUCUUAUAUAUAAGGUGGGACUGAGAGAGGCAGCAUAAAAAUGGCUAAGGCGGGGUAAUAUGAAACUGACGCCCCCAACGCGCUACCUCUAAAACUACGGAGGACUCCGCAG